UGAUUCGUGUCCUUGUAGUGCAUCACGCGUCGAUUUGCGAAUUUUAUACUUGCAUUUCACGUUUUUAUCUCGUUGACUUUUUACAAGUUUUCUUCGUGAUAAAAAUAAUAUCUGUUAGCACGAAGAAAAUACAAAUUCGAGAAAAAUGGCAGAAUUUGUGGAAAAACGAUGUCAGGAUAUGAUUCCUGAGUUGGAACAAAUGGAAAGGAUCAAACUUUUUAACAAGAAUGAAAUUCGAAAUAUAGCUAAGAUCUUAAAUGACUAUGAAUAUAAAAUUCGACGGCAAACGAAGUGUAAGGAGGAUUAUCUUCGUUACAUACAAUAUGAAAUGGAUCUUCUAAAAUUGAUUAAACAACGUAGAGAUAAAUUUGGUAUUACCCAGAAGAAGACGGACAUUGACUUUGUUAUAACUAAUAAAAUGAAUAAUUUGUAUAAAGAUGCAAUAUCUAAAUUUCAAGAUGAAAUAAGAUUUUGGAUUGCUUAUAUGAAAUUUUGUAAGCAUGUGCAUUCUUAUAGUAAUAUCAGCCAGAUGUUGAGCAGAAUGUUGCAAGUGCACAGAGAUAAGCCAAAAUGUUGGCACAUAGCAGCAUAUUGGGAAUUGGAAGAGAAUAAAAAUAAACAAAGCGCUCGACAGUAUCUUCUUAGAGGCUUACAAAUUCAUCCCGAUUCUCAAUUGCUGUAUGUUGAUGCUUUUAAACUGGAAUUGGAAAAUCGCACUGUGAUCCCCAUUAAUGCUGAAAACACUGAGAAUCAGGAAGAUAAUUUGCCAUUGACAAUGGUGAAUGACAAUGAGAUACCAACAUCAUUGAAAACGACAUACUUUAUAUAUCAACAGGCUUUCGAGCGUAUUAAGGAUAUAAAAUUUAUAGUAGAGCUGCUUAACAUAGCAAAGGAAUACGAUGGCACGGAAAAAUUGCAGAAGAAAAUGAUUUGUGACAUGAUUCGGGAAUAUGCUCAUGAACCUUUAAUGUGGGAUACAAUGGCACGUCGUGAAUUACAAGGUUUAGUUCAGCCAAGCCAUAAUGAUACACCAAUGGAAAUUGAAAAUGCUGAACAGAUUUCCCUGAGAGAUCGCAUCACAUCUUGCAACAAGGUUUACCAGACUGCUGUGAAAAAAAUUAAAACUGAAGAUAUGUGGUCGUUGUACAUAGAAUGUUUAUUGGAGAUCAAUCAUGAUUUGCAAUCAUUGCCAAAUUUCAAGAGAAAACUAUUGAAGAGUGCUCUGACACAAGCUCAUAAAGCAAAAAAGUUGAGGGAAAAACAUUAUUUACACUGGAUCGAUAUAUUGAGUGACAAGGAACAUGACGAGAACGAGAGGAAAAAAUUGAACGAUGUGUUGUGCGAAGCGAUUGAUAUUAUACCGAACAGUGUUGCUCUUUGGCACGCGCGAAUCAAUCAUUUGUUGCAAUCUGGUCAAGAGAAAGAAGUAGACGCUUUAUUUCCGAAGGUGACGGAAAUUUUAAACGAGAAAGCAUUACCUUUGUGGAGAAUGCGGAUUUUACACGCUCAAAUACGAAGCUCGGACGAUGCCGAAAGCAGUUUUCGAGCGGCUUUAAAAGCGCAUCCGCUAAUCGCCCGAGACAUUAAACCGGUGUGGCUCGAGUGGCUUGUUCUAACGAAAGGCAUCCAUGCAGCCCGCGAAGCGUACGAUCAACUGCGCCUGCAGCCUCCCAAUUCACUGGAAUUUCAUAAGAAAAUGGCUGCACUGGAACACGUACAGCCAGAAGCUUCGGUAAAGCACAUGCGACGUCCUUAUUCAUUAGCGGCGCAAUCUUUCGGAACUAACAAUGCGUCCGUCUGGAUGGAUUAUAUUAAAUUCGAAAUGAAGUAUGGGGAACCGGAGAAAGUCGGCAAGAUAUACGGGAGAGCAGUCAAGACGUUGGAUAGCAGUUUAACAAACGUCUUUAUGACGGAAUAUAGCUUAAUCGCAGCUAAACAUGAUGCCAUAAAAUGAUAGGAUAUUAACGUGUACUGUUAUGCAUAUAUCACAUAUACGUGCUUGUAUGUAACAUAUUACCAUAAUUGUUUCUGCACUAGCUUAUAUUAUUUGUAAUUAAUAAUUUGAUCAAGUUCAUAUCAUUUAAGCAGCUGUUUAAUAUAUCGGCCUCAUACAUCACA